AUGGCUACUACUAGUGUUAAAUCCAACGGCGCUGGUGCUACUACUACAGCAACAGUAUCUGCCGUUUCUUCUUCUAAAGUUCCUCCAGUCGCACGCCCGUUAGCUGGUGAACCAGAAGAGGUAGCAUCAAAUAUAAAUUACCAUGCGCAAUUCAGUCCUCAUUUCUCUCCUUUCAAGUUCGAACCUGAACAAGCCUACUUUGCCACUGCUGAAAGCGUCCGCGAUCGCCUCGUUCAACAAUGGAAUGAGACUUACAUUCAUUAUCACAAAGAGGAUCCAAAGCAGACUUACUAUCUGUCAAUGGAAUAUCUUCAAGGACGAGCUUUGAGUAAUGCAAUUGGGAAUCUUGACAUUCGAGAUGCUUAUGGUGAGGCUUUGAAUAAGUUAGGGCAUCAGCUUGAGGAAAUUGUUGAGCAGGAAAAAGAUGCGGCUCUUGGAAAUGGGGGUCUAGGAAGACUGGCUUCGUGCUUUUUGGACUCGAUGGCCACGUUGAAUUUGCCAGCAUGGGGCUAUGGUCUGAGGUACAGAUAUGGGCUGUUCAAGCAGCGGAUCACCAAAGAGGGCCAAGAAGAAAUUGCUGAGGACUGGCUUGAGAAGUUCAGUCCUUGGGAAGUUGUCAGGCAUGAUGUUGUAUUUCCUGUCAGAUUUUUUGGUCAUGUGGAGGUUAAUCCCGAUGGAUCCCGAAAAUGGGUUGGUGGUGACAUUAUGCAAGCUCUAGCCUAUGAUGUGCCAAUUCCAGGAUACAAAACCAAGAACACCAUUAGUCUUCGUCUCUGGGAAGCAAGAGCUUCUUCUGACGACUUCAAUCUAUUUCUAUUCAAUGAUGGACAGUAUGAAUCUGCUUCACAGCUUCAUUCUCGAGCUCAGCAGAUUUGUGCUGUUCUUUAUCCUGGGGAUGCCACAGAAAAUGGAAAGCUUUUGCGACUAAAGCAACAAUUCUUUCUGUGCAGUGCUUCACUUCAGGAUAUUAUUCUUAGAUUUAAGGAGAGGAAAAAUGAUAAGGGAUUAUGGAAGUGGUCUGAAUUUCCUAGCAAGGUUGCAGUACAAUUGAAUGAUACCCAUCCUACUCUUGCAAUUCCAGAGCUGAUGCGAUUAUUGAUGGAUAAUGAAGGAGUUGGAUGGGAUGAAGCUUGGAAUGUCACAACUAGGACAAUUGCUUACACCAAUCAUACAGUCCUUCCUGAAGCCCUGGAAAAAUGGUCACAAUCUGUGAUGUGGAAGCUUCUUCCUCGGCAUAUGGAAAUCAUAGAAGAGAUAGACAAGAGGUUCAUUACAAUGAUUCGCACCACUCGAAUUGAUCUUCAGAGCAAACUUCCUAGUAUGUGCAUCUUGGAUAAUAAUCCCCAGAAGCCAGUUGUGCGAAUGGCAAAUUUAUGUGUGGUAUCUUCACAUGCGGUGAAUGGUGUUGCUCAGUUACACAGUGAUAUAUUGAAGGCUGAGCUAUUUGCAGACUAUGUCUCCAUAUGGCCAAAAAAGUUCCAAAAUAAAACCAAUGGAGUUACACCUCGCCGGUGGCUUCGCUUUUGCAGUCCUGAGCUCAGUAAUAUAAUUACGAAAUGGUUGAAAACUGAGCAGUGGGUUACCAACCUUGACCUACUUGUAGGUCUUCGAGAGUUUGCUGAAAAUUCAGACUUCCAAGAGGAAUGGUCAUCUGCCAAGAUGGCUAAUAAAUUGCGUUUAGCACGGUACAUAUUGGGAGCAACAGGUGUGAGCAUUGAUCCAAAUAGUCUUUUUGAUAUACAAGUCAAGCGCAUCCAUGAAUAUAAGAGACAGUUGCUGAAUAUUUUGGGUGCAAUAUAUAGGUACAAGAAACUAAAGGAGAUGAGCGCUGAAGAGCGGAAGACUACAACUCCACGUACCAUCAUGAUUGGAGGAAAAGCAUUUGCAACAUAUACAAAUGCUAAAAGAAUAGUUAAGCUGGUAGAUGAUGUUGGUGCUGUUGUUAAUAGUGAUCCUGAGGUCAAUAGUUAUUUAAAGGUAGUAUUUGUUCCAAAUUACAAUGUAUCUGUGGCGGAGUUGCUUAUUCCAGGAAGUGAGUUGUCACAGUAUAUCAGCACUGCAGGCAUGGAAGCAAGUGGCACCAGCAACAUGAAGUUUGCACUCAAUGGUUGCCUUAUAAUAGGAACCUUGGAUGGGGCUAAUGUUGAAAUCAGGGAAGAAAUAGGAGAGGAGAAUUUCUUUCUCUUUGGUGCAACAGCAGAUGAAGUCCCCAGACUGCGCAAGGAAAGAGAGAAUGGAUUGUUCAAACCAGAUCCUCGAUUUGAAGAGGCCAAGCAGUUUAUAAGAAGUGGAGCAUUUGGAAGCUAUGACUACAACCCACUUCUUGACUCUCUAGAAGGCAACUCUGGUUAUGGUCGGGGAGAUUAUUUUCUUGUUGGGCAUGACUUCCCAAGCUACAUGGAUGCGCAGGACAGAGUAGAUGAAGCUUACAAGGAUCGCAAGAGGUGGUUGAAGAUGUCUAUUCUUAGCACCGCUGGCAGUGGUAAAUUCAGCAGCGAUCGGACAAUUUCCCAAUACGCAAAGGAGAUUUGGAACAUAGAGGAGUGCCGGCUUGAUGGAAGAAAGGAAGGAAAAAACAAGAGUAAUUCAAAUAAGAAAACACGUAUUUCUCAUGGUAGGGGAAAGGAACAGAGGAUGUGUUUGACAGCCAUCACACUCUGCAACAAUGGAGUUGUAGAGCAACGGUCAACAGAUCCAUGUGCGGAUACAAGAAUGCUUGAAGAAUUAAAAUGA